GGAGGCCGGCCGUUGGUCAGGAUCUCAGAGAACUGAAGUGAGAGGGAUUCUGAGCUAUGUUUUGUUUAGUGACCAUAUGAUGAAAAGGGAGAGAAGAAGAAAAAACAUGCUGUGUCUUUAAGAGCUGAGUAGCGAGAGCUGGCAGCCAGGCCCUGAGUUGAGCUCAACCCAAUCAUAGUCCUGGAACGGCUGCCAGAUGUAGCGUAGCAGCAGCCAGAACACAGCAGAGCUGCCCCUGCAAAACUAGGCAGCGCUACUCACUGGGGCAGGCGAGAGACAAGGAUACCUUUCUGUGCCUCACUCGAUUCUACAUCCUCACGCACACACACGUACAGGGCUGGCAGAAAGGAGUAUGCCUCAUUCGGUGCUGUGAAGUUAUGGAGUUGGACAACGCGGCCAAACCGGAGACCUACAAUGAGCUCCCUCCUGAGAGGGUGGGUCGCAGGCGCAGCAUGCCGGGCAGCGCUCUGGACAAAAGCACCUCCAUGGAGCCGGCCACCUCUACCACAUUCAAAGUCACGGGCUUCCUGAGCCGCCGACUAAAGGGCUCCAUCAAACGUACCAAGAGCCAACCCAAGCUGGACCGCAACAGCAGCUUCAGAAACAUCCUGCCGGGCUUCAAGACCACAGACAAUGACAGAUCCCAUCUGAUGCCGAGGCUGAAGGAAUCGCGGUCUCACGAGUCGUUGCUCAGCCCCAGCAGUGCAGUAGAAGCUUUAGAUCUCAGCAUGGAGGAUGAGGUGUUGAUCAAACCGGUGCACGGCAGUAUUCUGGGCCAGGACUACUGCUUCGAGGUAACCACUUCCACUGGAACCAAAUGCUUUUCGUGUCGGUCAUCUGCCGAGAGGGACAAAUGGAUGGAAAACUUAAGGAGAGCUGUACAUCCUAACAAAGACAACAGUCGGCGUGUGGAGAACCUUCUAAAAUUGUGGAUUAUUGAGGCCAAGGACCUUCCAGCCAAGAAAAGGUAUUUCUGUGAGUUGUGUCUGGACGACACGCUUUACGCACGGACUACCUGCAAACUAAAAAUGGACAAUGUAUUCUGGGGAGAGCACUUUGAGUUCAACAACUUACCUUCCGUCAAAAGUGUCACUGUCCACCUGUACAAGGAGUCUGACAAAAAGAAAAAGAAGGACAAGAACAACUAUGUGGGCCUGGUCAACAUUCCCGUCGGUGCCGUCACGGGACGCCAGUUUGUGGAGAAGUGGUAUUCUGUGAGCACGCCCACCCCGAACAAAGGGAAAACUCCCGGACCUAUGAUUCGGCUCAAGUCGCGGUACCAGAGCAUGAGUAUCCUGCCCAUGGAGUCAUAUAAGGAGUUUGCAGAGUACAUCACCAAUAACUACAUGCUGCUGUGCUCCAUCCUGGAGCCUGGCCUCAGUGUGAAGAACAAGGAGGAGAUGGCCAGUGCCCUGGUUCACAUCCUACAGAGCACCGGCAAGGCUAAGGACUUCCUGACUGACCUGAUGAUGUCAGAAGUGGAUCGCUGUGGGGAGAACGAGCACCUGAUCUUCAGGGAGAACACACUGGCCACCAAAGCCAUUGAGGAGUACCUUAAACUGGUGGGGCAGAAGUACCUGCAGGACGCACUAGGAGAGUUCAUCAAAGCACUGUACGAGUCAGACGAGAACUGCGAGGUGGACCCAGGGAAGUGUUCCUCAGGAGACCUCCCUGAGAACCAGAGCAACCUGAAGAUGUGCUGUGAGCUGGCCUUCUGCAAGAUCAUCGACUCCUACCGUGUUUUUCCGCGGGAACUGAAGGAGGUGUUCGCCUCGUGGAGGCAGCAGUGCAGCAGUCGGGGCCGGCCGGACAUCAGCGAGCGUCUGAUCAGUGCCUCUCUGUUCCUGCGCUUCCUGUGUCCAGCCGUUAUGUCCCCGUCACUUUUCAACCUGAUGCAGGAGUAUCCCGACGACCGCACCGCUCGCACCCUCACGCUCAUCGCCAAGGUCACGCAGAACCUCGCCAACUUCACCAAAUUUGGUAACAAGGAGGAGUACAUGUCCUUUAUGAACCACUUCCUGGAGCACGAAUGGACCAACAUGCAGCGCUUCCUGCUGGAGAUCUCCAACCCAGAGACCAUCUCCAACACGGCAGGGUUCGAGGGUUACAUCGACCUGGGCCGCGAGCUCUCAUCCCUGCACUCCCUGCUGGCCGAGGACGUCUCUCAGCUGGAUCAGAGCACAGCCUCUAAGCUGGGUCCCCUGGCCCGUAUACUGUGGGAUGUGAACUCCGCUCUGACCAACCCAUCUGGGGUCCAGGUGUCCACCCCCACAGAUGGCAUGGGCUCUCCUCCCCUCCCCCUCCCAUUGGCAAGCUGCAGCCUCUCUACCGGCCUACCUCUUCACAAGAUAGUCGUGGACAGCGAGCUCUCUGGGUUGGUGGAUUUUACGAGGCUGCCGUCGCCAACCCCAGAGAACAAGGAUAUAUUCUUUGUGACGAGGAACUCUGGCAUCCAGCAGUCUCCAGCCAGAAGCUCCAGCUACUCGGAGGCCAACGAGGCUGAGGUGCAGCUCCCCAACAGCAGCAAGAGUCUGUCCAUGGUGGACCUGCAGGAAAGCCGCAGCGUGGAGAGUACCCCUGGCCCCGGCCCUGGCUCCCCCAGCGACAUGCUCUUCAACGACAGCCAGUCCCCCGUCACCCCUGGGCCUGGGGGUUGGGCCGCCCGCACCCCGCAGGGCAUCAUCCCCACCCCCGGCCCCGGGCCCACUCUAAGGAGGACGGGCCAGACCCCCACCACCCCCAGCACAGAGAGCAGCACCCCAGGGAGGCCCACCCAGCUCCUGGCCCCGCUCUCCUUCCAGAACCCUGUUUACCAGAUGGCCACGGGGAUGACCAUGAGCGUGUCCCCACGGGGUCCCCUGGCCGACUCGGGCUCCGAUGGCCACAGCUCCGUCAGCUCUCAGGGCAACAACACAGAGGACACCCCCAAGCAUCCGGGGGUCUUCCUCACCCAGGGGGUGGCGGUCAGUAGUGGAGGAGGCAGUAGCAGUGAGUUCACCACCCGCCGCCAGCUGUCCCUCGGGGAUCACCAGCCCAACGUGCCGCGGCAGAACAGCGCCGGUCCCCAGCGUAGGAUAGACCAGCCCCCUCCGCCCGUCACCAGGGGCAGGACACCGCCCAACAUGCUCCAGACAGCCUACCCCGGGCCGCGGCCCUCCAGUGGCAGCAUGAUGUCAUCAUCCCCCGACUGGGGGCCCAGUGGCGGCAACCGUCUGAGACAGCAGUCGUCCUCGUCUAAAGGGGACAGUCCUGAGACCAAGCAGCGCACCAUGCACAAAGCGGCCUCCCCUGUGAACCCCAAUGCCCUGGACCGUACUGCUGCCUGGCUGUUGAAUAUGAAUGUGCAGUAUUUAGACCAUGAGGGAGUUGACCCAGAUACCAAGCACAGAGAAGACCUCAGAAACAAAGAGGAGCUCACCCAGACUGAAAAGUACCAGCAGGAAAUAGCCAUCCUGCAGGACAGGCUGUGUCAGUCAGCCAAAAAGCUGGAGGAGUAUGAGUGUCACCUGAAGGGCCAGGACGAGCAGACACAGACGAUGCUGCUGGAGUACCAGGCGCGCCUGGAGGACACAGAGGAGCGUCUGAGCCGGCAGCAGGACGACAAGGAGCUCCAGAUGAAGAGCAUCAUCACCAGGCUGAUGUCAGUUGAAGAGGAACUGAAAAAAGAUCAUUCAGAUAUGCAGUCGAUAGUGGACUCAAAACAGAAGAUCAUUGAAGCCCAGGAGAAACGCAUCGCCUCUCUAGACGCGGCCAACGCCCGCCUGAUGAGCGCUCUGACCCAGCUGAAGGAGCGCUACAGCAUGCAGACUCGUAACGGCAUCUCCCCCACCAAGCUCCAGAUCACGGAGAACGGAGAGUUCAGGAACAGCAGCAACUGCUAGGGAGGGGAGAGGGGGCCAAGCCCAACUCAAUGACGCUUGGGCUGGGGGAGGGAGGAGGAACUAGCCACACCCAGCCACUCUCCAGAGAAAUAGAUUUAUACUGUCCAAAUCCAUUAUUUUCAAUGGAUGUGGUCAGGAUCACAGAAAGAAGGGCUAGACUGACUGAAACUGUUGCUUAAAAAUAUAAAGGACUUGAUCAGAUUCAAUCAAAUGUAUUUAUAAAGCCCUUCUUACAUCAGCUGUCACCACAAAGAGCUGUACAGAAACCCAGCCUAAAACCCCAAACAGCAAGCAAUGCAGGUUUAGAAGCACGGUGGCUAGGAAAAACUCCCUAGAAAGGCCAGAACCUAGGAAGAAACCUAGAGAGGAACAAGGCUAUGAGGGGUGGCCAGUCCUCUUCUGGCUGUGCCGGGUGGAGAUUAUAACAGAACAUGGCCAAGAUGUUCAAACGUUCAUAGAUGACCAGCAGGGUCAGAUAAAAAUAAUCACAGUUGUUGUAGAGGGUGCAACAGGUUAGCACCUCAGGAGUAAAUGUCAGUUGGCUUUUCAUAGCCGAUCAUUCAGAGUAUCUCUACCGCACCUGCUGUCUCUAGAGAGUUGAAAACAGCAGGUCUGGGACAAGGUAGCACGUCCGGUGAACAGGUCAGGGUUCCAUAGCCGCAGGCAGAACAGUUGAAACUGUAGCAGCACGACCAGGUGGACUGGGGACAGCAAGGAGUCAUCAUGCCAGGUAGUCCUGAGGCAUGGUCCUAGGGCUUAGGUCUUCCGAGAGAGAGAGAGAGAAUUAGAGAGAGCACACGAGCAUACUUAAAUUCACACAGGACACCAGAUAAGACAGGAGAAAUACUCCAGAUAUAACAGACUGACCCUAGCCCACUGACACAAACUAUUGCAGCAUAAAUACUGGAGGCUGAGACAGGAGGGGUCGGGAGACACUUUGGCCCUGUCCGACGAUACCCCCGGUCAAGGCCAACCAGGCAGGAUAUAACCCCACCCACUUUGCCAAAGCACAGGCCCCACACCACUAGAAGGAUACCUUCAACCACCAACUUACUAUCCUGAGACAAGGCAGAGUAUAGCCCACAAAGAUCUCCCCCACGGCACGAACCCGGGGGGGGGGGCAACCCGGGACAGGAAGACCACGUCAGUGACUCAACCCACUCAAGUGACGCACCCCUCCUAGGGACGGCAUAGAAGAGCACCAGUAAGCCAGUGACUCAGCCCCCGUAAUAGGGUUUGAGGCGAGGCAGAGAAUACCAGUGGAGAGAGGGGAACCGGCCAGGCAGAGACAGCAAGGGCGGUUUGUUGCUACCGUGCCUUUCCGUUCACCUUCACACUCCUGGGCCAGACUACACUCAAUCAUAAGACCUACUGAAGAGAUGAGUCUUCAAUAAAGACUUAAAGGUUGAGACCGAGUCUGCAUCUCUCACAUGGAUAGGCAGAACAUUCCAGAUUGACUUUAGAGAAAGCUAUAACGUCUACACCUGGCUGCAAGACAUCCUAAACUCUCUAUCCUAGUACAUAAAACAACAUUUUAUCGAUUUAAGGUUGUGCUGUUAUCUUAGAGCCUGUUUUGAAGUGAUUUGAACAAUUAUAAGCUUUAAUGUUUCUGGUUUCUCAUCUACACCUAUAAUUUCCAGUCACUGUGUUUAUAUAGCACCUGGUGCUAAAAGAGGACGCUCGUUUAUGGACCCUAUGUUUUCAGAGUUUAGUAAACAGAGUAAAUACUAUCGUACUCACAGCCAACCUGUUUCUUCCAGCAACAGUAUAGUACAACACAAGUGUAUAGUACAUUGUAGCAUCAAUAUUUGAUUUUACUCAAUGGCUGUUUUUUUAUCCCUGUUUUAUUUUUCAAACUUCAAAAGCAUAUGUUGCCAAGUGAACAACUCUAUCAGUGAAAGCCUCCUCUCAUGUUGACAAGCUUUUGAAAAGCGCUCUGGUUAGACUUUUCCCGAAAGCACGUCCCAAUAGAAGGUGUUUCUAUAUUCUUCCUGUAUCUUUUAGAUAUACUCUGCUCUUCUUACCUCAUCAGGACUACAGUAGCACAACAAACUUGCUGUGUUUUAAAUUGCUAAUGGUAAAGAAAGAGCUCAGCUAUAUCAUUUUCUGCAUACUUUGUAUAUGCUUAAAUAUUAGUAUAUUUAGAGGUUUACAUACCUCGUAGAUGUAUAUAAAGUAUUUAUAUUGAUUGUCUGGAAGGGGAAUAGUAUUUUGUACUGUAUGUGUUCAUUGUGUUAAACUCGGCUGUGCUAAUAUUGCAAGACAAUAGUAAGAGUUUGAUUGUAAUUGUAUUUCUACUUCAGUAGACAGUUCACGCAUCUUUUCCCCCAUUAUCUCCUUUUCAUAUGUGGGUUCUUUGUUCAAAAUGAACCAUUUAUUGAUGCUGUUAUAUAAUAUUGAUAAACAUAGUUUACUGUUUUGUCCUCUGCGUAUCUAAAUUGUUAUGUGUUGGCCAAACCUUCACUGUUUGCAGUUUGACAGUGCUGAAUAGAAUAGGACUGAACUCAAAUACCUGGCCACUCCUCUGGCCACUCCGCUACCCUUCCGCUUCUGGAACAGUCAUUUCGCUAACGACACUACACAAACACUCCUUCAUUUAGAAUACCUUCUAUCCAAAGUGAAGCAUGAAAGUCUCUUCCGGACAGUACAUCCACAUGGGGUUUUAGGCUGGAACUGAGGUAUAAACCAGAUUCAUUGUCAGUUCAAGUUCCCUCUAGUGUUGAUUGAAGCUAUGAACAUGGAGUGGACUUAAGGCCUUUUUUGUAGUCUUAUUUAAGAUGCAGGUAGCUAACUUUAUCAACCUUCAAAGGUGGUCUCAACAAGUGGCUUUGCAUGACUUCUCAAUUCUGACUUCCGCUAAUUCUCAUCUGAUAACACCAGUGAUCUGCUUUCAGGAAAUUAGUCACCUGAAUUACUGUGUUGACCUGUGUUUUGGUCUGUGGAAAUGUUAAGCUUAAACAUAAUUAGAUUUUUUUAUCAACUAGACUAUUGUUAAAGUACAUUAUGUUUUAUUUAAAAAAAAGUAAAGUUAUGUGUAAAAUUGUAUUUAUGUUAUGCUCUAAAUUAUGUUUGUUUCAAUCAGCUCAACAUUAUUUAUUGAAUAUCUUUGUUUUUUGUUUUAAUAAAAUGCCCUAAUGCUGAAUAGUAUUUGUCAGAGUAUGAUGGAUUGUGUUGAAGCUCCAGUUAUAGAACAUCUGCAUUCUGAUAGCAAUGUGCUGCAGGUAUAGAACAUCUGCAUUCUGAUAGCAAUGUGCUGCAGGUAUAGAACAUCUGCAUUCUGAUAGCAAUGUGCUGCAGGUAUAGAACAUCUGCAUUCUGAUAGCAAUGUGCUGCAGGUAUAGAACAUCUGCAUUCUGAUAGCAAUGUGCUGCAGGUAUAGAACGUCUGCAUUCUGAAAGCAAUGUGCUGCAGGUAUAGAACAUCUGCAUUCUGAUAGCAAUGUGCUGCAGGUAUAGAACAUCUGCAUUCUGGAAGCAAUGUGCUGCAGGUAUAGAACAUCUGCAUUCUGAUAGAAAUGUGCUGCAGGUAUAGAACAUCUGCAUUCUGAUAGCAAUGUGCUGCAGGUAUAGAACAUCUGCAUUCUGAUAGCAAUGUGCUGCAGGUAUAGAACAUCUGCAUUCUGAUAGCAAUGUGCUGCAGGUAUAGAACAUCUGCAUUCUGAUAGAAAUGUGCUGCAGGUAUAGAACAUCUGCAUUCUGAUAGAAAUGUGCUGCAGGUAUAGAACAUCUGCAUUCUGAUAGCAAUGUGCUGCAGGUAUAGAACAUCUGCAUUCUGAUAGCAAUGUGCUGCAGGUAUAGAACAUCUGCAUUCUGAUAGCAAUGUGCACCUAUUUCCCUCAAGUGUUCUUGUUGCACCCAACCUGCACACAGAAAAUCUCUUUGGAGGGUUUCAAUUGAUUUUCUCUUUCAAAGCGAAAGGUGUGUCUUCCUGCUUUGGUGUUAUUUUAUUGAAAGGAAAUAAUAUAUACUGCACUGCAAUAGAAACCACAGAUCAGUUCACAGUAUAGUGCAUCUUCGUUGUCUCCCAGUUCUUUUAGGGACGUUUUGCCAACGAUUUGCAAGAGAGUGACCAAAAUUAUUCUCUUUCCUUUUUCCUUGCCCUAUAUAAUACUGAACAAUUUUUUUGCCAUGUUGUUACUGCAAACUCCUGGAAACAUUUCUAUGAAUGUUAAAAUAAUAAUUUUAUGUGUGUAAAUGGUAACAAGAAUAGGCCUACCAUCGUAAAAGUAAAAAACAUGUAUGUAAUUUAUGUAGAAAUGCAACUACAAUUAAAGAUUUAUUUCGCUAAUUUAA